UCGCUGGACUACGCGCACUGCUCGCUGCACGACGUGCCCGCCGAGGUGUUCGAGCACGAGCGCACGCUGGAGGAGCUGCGGCUGGACAGCAACCGGAUGCGCGACCUGCCGCGCCCGCUGUUCCUGUGCCAGGAGCUGCGGCUGCUCAGCGUGGCCGACAACGACGUGGCGCAGCUGCCGCCCGCCGUCGGCCAGCUGCCGCACCUGCAGGUGCUGGACGCGCGCCGCAACGCGCUGCACGACGUGCCCGCCGACCUCAAGGCCUGCAAGAAGCUGCGCAGCGUCAACCUCCAGGGCAACCCGCUGGUGCGCCUGCCGGAGGCCCUCACGCAGCUCGUCGCGCUACAGGAGCUGUACCUGAGCGAUGUGGAGCUGGAGUUCCUGCCCGCGUCCGUGGGCCGCCUGGCGCUACUGCGCGUGCUGGAGCUGCGCGACAACCGCCUGAGCGCGCUGCCCUCCAGCAUGUCGCGCCUCAAGCAGCUGCACCGCCUGGACCUGGGCCACAACGAGUUCCGCGCCUGGCCGGGCGUGCUGGGGGCGCUGCCGGCCCUCGCCGAGCUGUGGGUCGACCUCAACGACCUGCCCGCCGUCCCGGCCUGGAUCGGCAACCUCCAGGCGCUGCAGUGCCUGGACGCCAGCAGCAACAGGGUCUCCGCCAUGGCGCCCGAGAUCGGCUCCUGCGCGCGCCUGCAGGACCUGCGCCUGUCGUACAACGAGCUGACGCGGCUGCCGUACACGCUGGGGAGGCUCAAGGAGCUCGUCACGCUCAAGGUGGACCACAACUACCUGGACCAGCUGCCCGAGUCCCUGGGCGAGGCGUCGGCGCUGGAGGAGCUGGUGGCGUCGCACAACCAGCUGGAUGUGCUGACGCCGUGCCUGGGCUUCCUGCGGCGCCUGCAGGUGCUGGAGCUGGACGACAACGCCCUGGCCGAGGUGCCGUCCGAGCUGGGGUCGUGCCGGUCGCUGCGCGUGCUGAGUCUGCGCCGCAACCGGCUGCAGAGCGUGCCGCCCGAGCUGGGCCACCUGGCCAGGCUGCGCGUGCUCAACCUGGUGGAGAACCGCCUGGCGCACCUGCCCGUCAACGUGCUCAAGCUGUCGCAGCUGCAGGCGCUGUGGCUGUCGCCCACGCAGUCCGCGCCGCUCGUGCAGCUGCACCGCGAGUACGACGUGGAGCAGCGCUGCCGCGUGCUGUCGUGCGUGCUGCUGCCGAGCGACGACAUGGCGGCGCCCGCCGUGGGCAGGCGGUGCAUCCGGUUCUCGCAGGAUUUGGAGCAGGACCUGGAGCCUGGCGUGCUGCUGCGCGCGCCGACGCCCUACCCGAAGGAGCUCCGCGUGCUGGCCAAGCAGGCCCGUCGCCUGGCGGACCGCAAGCUGCAGAGGCAGCACCAGCAGGACGCCGGAGUCGAGGACCCUGCUGACGUGGACCUGCCCAGCCUGCCCCCGACGCCUCCCUGCACCGACGGCCCGGACAGCCUGCUGCACGCCGGCGGGGCUCCCUUCAAGCCCGCGUACGGCUUCACGCCGCGCCGCACCACCUCGCUGCAGCACCGCAAGGACGCCGUCGACCCUACGCACAGCAACGACAAGGAGCCCGUCUACGGCGGCCACCCCAAGGAGUCCAUCUACGGAGGUCAGCAACCCAAAGAGUCUAUCUACGGAGGACAGACAAAGGAGUCUAUCUACGGUGGCAAACCGAAGGAGUCUAUCUACGGUGGUCAGCAACCCAAAGAGUCCAUUUACGGAGGACAGAAAAAGGAAUCUAUCUACGGUGGUAAACCAAAGGAGUCUAUCUACGGAGGUCAGCAACCCAAAGAGUCUAUCUACGGAGGACAGACAAAGGAGUCUAUCUACGGUGGCAAACCAAAGGAGUCCAUUUACGGACCCAAAGAGUCCAUCUACGGUGGUCAGGCACCCAAAGAGUCCACUUACGGUGGUCAGCCACGCAAAGAGUCCAUCUACGGAGGACAGGCCAAGGAGUCUAUCUACGGAGCGCAGACCUCCGUCGACGACGGGCAGCAGCCCAAGGAGUCUGCUCUCGUGACCGGGGUCCGCGCAGGGUCGCAAGGCGCGGUCGACUCCACCCACGAGGCCUGCGGCGACGGCCCCAGGGACAGGGAACCCCAAGACCAUGCCAAGCCAGAGGGGACCUCUGAGCAGUCAAACCAGGGUGCCACUGUGGACUCCAUCUACGGCUCCAAGAACAGCCAGCAGGGCUCGCCGUACAGGCAGCGACGCCUGGACCUGCAGCAAUCGAAGCACGGUGCGAGCGAGGGAGCAAGAACGCAGCAGGAGUCACCCUUCAGCUCCAAGACCAGUCACCAGGAGUCACCGUAUGGCAACAAGACCAAUCACCAGGAGUCACCGUAUGGCACUAAGACCAAUCACCAGGAGUCACCGUAUGGCACCAAGACCAAUCACCAGGAGUCACCAUACGGCACUAAGACCAAUCUCAAUCACCAGGAGUCACCGUAUGGCACUAAGACCAAUCUCAAUCACCAGGAGUCACCAUACGGCACUAAGACCAAUCUCAAUCACCAGGAGUCACCAUACGGCACUAAGACCAAUCUCAAUCACCAGGAGUCACCGUAUGGCACUAAGACCAAUCUCAAUCACCAGGAGUCACCGUAUGGCACUAAGACCAAUCUCAAUCACCAGGAGUCACCGUAUGGCACUAAGACCAAUCUCAACCACCAGGAGUCACCGUAUGGCACCAAGGCCGUUCAACGGCAACCAUCAUUUAGUAGGAAAGAGCCCCACCAGGAUUCGACGUAUGGUGGUAAAUUGAAUCACCAGGAGUCACCGUACGGCACAAAGAAUCAACCAGAAUCUCAUGAGCUGACAGUGGUCAAGAAUAACAUUCACCAGGAGGCGCAUUAUGGUUCAAAACUCCAGCCAAACCCAACCACCGAGAAGCGUUUUGUCAAAAACAACAUCGAAUCAAUAUAUGGGUCUAAAAUUCAUUCUAAUUCUCUCCAGGAAUCAUCCUAUGGGGCUGACAACUCUCCUAAGCAGGAGUCGAUCUAUGGUUCAAAACAACAACCGAAAAGCCAUCAAGAAUCCAAUUAUGGCUCUAAGAAUUGGUCGCUUGCAAAUCAAGAGAAUAAUUGCAACCAAGAGUCACCUUACGGUUUGAAAGGUGAAGUGACCCCCUCGCAGAAGUCACUGCAUGCGUCACAACGUCGACCCAGUAUCAGCCAAGAGUCACCCUAUGGUUUGAAAAAUGAACCCAACUCGGCGGGUCAGGAUGCAUUUUAUGGAGCGAAAAAUGGAAACCAGGAGUCACCGUACCGUUCAAGAAAAAAUUCCAACAGCAACCAGCAAGCUAAUCAUGGUUUGAGUGUUGAACUAAACCACGAAUCUCCCCAUGGUGCCAGAAAUCAAGCAACCUCUCUCCAAGAGUCUGCUUAUGGUUUAAAAAUGCAGAUGAAUCAUGAGUCAGCGUACACACUCAAGAAUGGGUACCAAGAGUCUCCUUAUGGCUCUAGAAAUCAGCCGAACGCCAUGCAAGAAACUGCUUACGGUGCCAGGAUUCAACCAAAUGUCCUGAAGGAGUCCCCUUACGGCCCCAGGCAACAACCCUCGAUGCAGGAGUCUCCUUUUGGUUCAAGAAAUCAACCCAACGUCUCGCAGGAGUCUCCUUAUGGUUCAAGAAAUCAGCCAAACGUUAUGCAGGAGUCUCCCUACGGCUCAAGAAAUCAGCCAAACGUCAUGCAGGAGUCCGUUUACGGCUCACGAAAUCAAUCAAAAUCCAUGCAGGAGUCUCCUUUUGCUGCAAGAAAUCAAUCAAACCCCAUGCAGGAGCCGGCUUACGGGUCAAGAAAUCAACCAAACGUCUUCCAGGAGUCUCCAUACGGUUCAAGAGUUCAGUCAAACGCCAUGCGGGAGUCUCCUUACGGCUCGAGAAGUCAACCAAACAUCUGGCAGGACUCACCUUACGGCUCCAGGAGUCAACCGACUGCCUUCCAGGAGUCGCCCUACGGCUUGCGAAGCUUGCCGAACACUCCGCAGGACCAGCCGUUCGUGCGGGGCGUGCUGGCCCCCCAGGAGUCUGUGUACGGCUCCAGGGACUCCAGGGGCCGUCCUGCCGGGCCGCCCUUCGGGGCGCACGCUCGCCCCGCCGCCAACGCCGUCCAGGACACGGGCUUCAGGGCGCAGGAGCCGCCCCGCACGCGCUCCAACUCCAUCACCGCCGAGCCCGUCUACGGCGGACGCGGCUUCGCGCGGGAACCGCCCAGCUCGAUGGAGGUCUACAGCCCCAAGGCCGCCGCCGACCCCGCGCUGGACAAGACGGUCGUGUACAACCCCAGCACGGCCGACGUGGCCGCCACGGGGCUCGUGGUGGAGCCGCUGUACGCGCCCCGCACCCAGGACGCGCUGCGGACGACGCACUUGGACUGCGUCGACGGCCCCGAGCCUCCGACGUUCGGCCCGAGGGGCAUCUACGGCGGCGGCAACGCGACCUCCAUCUACGGCAAGGCGACGUCGCAGCACCAGAGACGGCCGUCCGUGCCCGAGCAGAACGAGCAGGCCGUCGUCGACCUGCAGCCGGCCUCGCUGCCCGCGGCGUACGGCCGACCGCCACCGCCGCCGGACGGCCCGCGCUACCGACGCCAGCCCAACGCGGCCCUGCCGCCCGCGCCGCCCGCGCCGCCGCCCUACGACCAGGUGCUGCGGCGCCGUGCCGCCGCCGAGCUGCCACCCUUCACGCUGGGCGCAGUGUACCAGCAGCGCGGCGGCCAGGGCCACGGCCAGAGCGUGCACGAGCAGAACAAGCAGAUCCAGGCCAUGCUCAAGCGCGGCGUGGUUAGAGUAAGCGCGCUCAAGGUCGUGGCUCGGACCACAUGUUUUAUUUUGAAUUUCCUUAUCAUUCGCUCAAUUCUUAGCAGUUCUGACGCCAUUGCCAUCCAUCAACACGCCUCUGUCAGCAUCAUUUCUCGUCAGCCUCCGGGCUCUGCUAUUCUAUAUGUAUAUCAUACUCAUACUGUAAUGUGUAUAUUGUUGUGCCACUAA